AUGCUGCUGGAAAAGGCCUUGGCCAAGUUCUGCGGUAGCUAUGGGGCUCUAAAUUCUGGCUACCCUGGCUGGGCAUUCCAGGUCCUCACAGGAAAGUCCGAUCUCAUCUUUUUCUUGAACGAGGGCAAGCACUGGCGCAAAUGCGCAGUCAAAAAACCUGACAGCAAAGAAGAUGCAAGGAACCCUCGAAGCAUGCGAAUGGUGUAUUGUGGCUGGGGAAGCAGAUAUAAUACGGAAGACUUGUUCAAGUUUCUCAAGACUCACAUCGAAGACAAACAUGUUUUGGCUUGUUCCAUUGAUCGCAAAGACUUGGGGGUGGAGGCGCGGUUGAAGAAUGGGCUCGUGGUACACCACGCCUACGCCUUGCUCCAGGUGACUUCGGAGAAGAUGGACAACGGACAGCCAUUGAGAUUGGUCCAGUUGGCCAAUCCUUGGGGAAGCGGAGAAUGGAAAGGUGACUGGGCAGACUACAACAUCUUCAACAAAGGCCUUGCUUCGGGCAAGUGGGCAGAGAACCCAGAGCUCUCCAAGCGCAUUGGAGUUGUUCGACGUGAUGAAGGUUCAUUCUGGAUGUCAUAUGAGGAGAAUGCCACGCUGAAGGAGCGCUGCUUCCAGAAAGAUUGGUGCGUGAAGAAAAUGCUGGAGCAGAUGCAGAACGUCAGAGGUGAACCGGUGAUCAUGGAAGCUGGUGCAACAGCACGUGACGUGCCCGAACUGUGCUCGCGUGACCAGCCUUGGGAGGACGAUGUGUCGAUCGUCAGCGACCUUUCUUCCUGGGUAUGCGUUGCAAGCAGCCAGCCAUGCUUUUUCUUGGCCGAUGCGACCUUCAAGACGCCAAGUGGACAAGCUUUGCAGGUUCAGAGCUCCUGGCGGCCGAUGGCCAUGGCGUUUUGGAGGCGAUAUGUCUUGGAUCAUCCGCAGGAGGUCUUGGUGAACGAAGUGCUGGAGCUUUGGGCUGGCGACGUGAUCCUUCGGGUGGUGCCAGAUCAUUGCAUCGCGCUGGGCGCCGGCGCCGGGACAAAGAAAGCCAAGGAGCUUCUACCAGGAGAUCUGGUCACCGUGGACGGGCAUCCGGCUGCCUUGAUCCAAGUAGAGACCAAGAGCAUGUCAUGUCCAGCCCCUGCGAUCAAGGUGAUCAUGGGCCCUGACAACAUCCCCCCCCUGAUGGUGACCCGACGCCUGAGUGAGGAGAGUCCUUUCGGGUCCUCGGUGUGA